CCUGCUUUGUUGCAGGUGCUGGCACUGCUAAUGCACUGCUCUUAGACUUAGCUUCCAAUGGUUGUGUUAAAAAUUAGUCAGUGAAAAGACCAUUGUGUUAUUAAUAUACUGUGUACCCCUGGAUCUAUUUGAUAAGAUCCAGCACUUGCCUAACAAACAAGUUGGAAGGAGUGGAGGCACAGGCAGGGCUGGACAUGGGUGCUGGGGAGGGUAUUGAAGAAGAGUGUAAGGACACUUGUUAUAAAAGAGAACAGGCUGUGUAAAGGCAAAGUGAAGAUAACUCAGAAAGAAAAAAAUGAGGAAGAUAUGUUGAAAGGAAGAGAAGGCGAUGAGAGUGCAAGACCAAAGAUGGAGGCUGGAGUAGAGGAAGAGCUUUAUCUAAGGAGGGGGAAGGAGAAGAAAACUAUAUAUGGAAGAAGAAAGCCAGACAUCUAAGCAACGAGCUCAUGAAAAAGACAGGAUCAGUACCUGCAAAGGAUCUCAGAGAGCCAUAGGAGAUGAAUUAAACAUGGUCCCAAGACGACCAGAAUCCCUGAGCAGCAUAGAAAAAUUAGUUUGUGAAAGAAUUCCUGAGCUAUGAGUGAAAGCCAUGGCCAGAUUUAAAGUCUUUGCAUUUGUUUGUAAAGUGCUGUGCACACCUGUAUAAGUGCUGUACAAAUAAAGUAGGCAGAGAAAAGGAAAAAGUAGGGAAGGUAGGAGGUAAAAGAUAAAUGUACACAAGAGAAAUAAGUGCAUUUCUUUUUUUAAAGGGCAGAAUUUUUUUUAUGGGAAAGACACCACUGUCUUGCUAUCAGAUUGGCUGGGUUUUAUUCCUGGCUCUACCACAGACUGGCUUUGUGACCCCAUGGAAGUCUCUUCACCUUUCUGACACUGUUUUGUGGGGUUUUUUUUCAUUUGUGCUGUGGGAUGAUGAUAAAAACAUGUUCCAAGUACAGGUCAGGAGGUUAAAUAUCCACAGCCCUCCUCCCCUGUCAAGUUGCUGUUAAUGUUAUAAUCAUCAUAAUCUUGUACAGGUGAGACAGUGCCACGUCCCUGCCUACAGAGCAAAAGAUACGCAGAGCAGCAAGAGGCUGCACCCUUCCCACUCCCCUCUUGCCAUUAGACAUGAGGGUCUCAGCACCCUGAUACUGCCUGGAAGGCAGUGGCGCUGAGGACAGGGAGGGGUGUAGCCCACCAAGGCUGUCUGCAGGACCGUCUUACUCAGCUAAAGCUGCUGACAGCUAUACUGCUAUUUAUUUAUUUGGCUGCUGAGGACAGAAACAGCAGGAGAUAAUCAUAAGAAAAUCAUAAAAAAGAGGAAAAACCAGCAGAUAAUAUUCUGCAGAGGGAUUUAACGGGGUGAAAAAUUGUCUCUUGCCGAACUGUCUGUGACACUAAACACUGUCUCUGAGAUCUUCACUCUUCCUCCUCAACAGAGGCUUAAAGAAAGCGACAGGCAAGGCUCUGAGCCAGUGUCUGGGGGCUUUGAAAAUAUGACAGGCAGGAGCCUGGGUUUUUCUCAUCAGCAUCUUUCGGUGGCAUGGAUGCAAUCAGUCAUUGCGGCUGUUUCUGAGCAGGACCAUCUCCUCCUCCUGCCACAAUGAGUUGAGGGGAGGACACUUGGGAAACACCACUCUAGUUCUUAUGCCCCAAUCUUUCAAUUGAGAUUAAUUUUUCCCUGUGCUGCAAGAGCAUGGCCAAAUAGCUGGAAAGGCUGCAGGCAGCUUGCUGCUGCUUUAGGAGGCAGGAGUUUCAAAACUAAUCCUGAGCUUACUGUACCAAUCCGGCAUCAGCAAGAUGGGACCUUCUUGAACAGAGGUGACGGCUGAGGUUUAGUUCAAACUGGGCUGAUCCCUUCUGCUGAAGACAUCAGGUUCCCCCUGCUGUGUUGAAAGCUUCCUCUGGCAGGGAGAGGAGUUGAGGCUUGAGCAGUGCUGCUGCUGUGCCAUUGUGAUGUCACAGCGUGAUGUGAUGUGAUGGUAUUGUGACGUAUGAGGACAAGGUAAGGCGGCUGUCGGGGGCUGGCUCAGAUAGGCAGGGUCCAACUCAUUCUCUAGAGUUGGCUGCAGAGACUCAGUCACACGAUACAGAGCGCUGCUUUUAGAAGAAAGCAAAAAAACCCAACAUUUUGUUCCACAGUACAGGAAACUGGACGGGAAACGACAUUAUGUGGUAGACCACAUAAUGCUGGUCUGGGAGACCAGCAAACAACACACUUGGAAAUCCAACUAUGAGUGAAUAAGAGACUUUCAUGUGCAGGUGUAAGUUCUAGUCAUACAGAAACGACAGUAGAUUUCACGUGUUAGUUUAAUUCUCUUCUCUCAACUUUUCACAGCAGGAGACAGUAUUGAACAACUAAUAUUAAUAUACACCAUUUGUAGGGGGUGUGUGUAUGUGCUUCUGCUUAUAAUUGAAGUGUUGUGGUCCUGGUUAUUUGGGAAAGUUCUCCAGAUUAUCUGUACCAUCUUAGUGGGUUUAGCUGGGGAAAGAAGAUCUGCUAAUGGUUCUGGCUAUGUCCAAAAUAGGAAGUUUAUGAUGAUGUGGUGUUUCCCAAGCAUAGUCAUCAUUGCUUAGCAUGCCUGCUGGGAUAUUCCUGCUAUCUCUGUGGAGGAAUUCUGUUGGAUACCUGAGAGUCUAUUCCAAAACAAGAAAAUAAAUGAGAAAAUAUUUCUUUGUGCAGACCAGCUGGAGUAAUAAGGGUUUGAGAAGCUCGGUGGGGACUGAAUGAGUUUGAGAUACACACUUGAACUACUCAGCUAAGUCAAAGACCAUAAGGAACAGAAGAGGAGAACACAUAGGUUUCAUAUUUUGUACUACCAUGAUGCUUUCUAUCUUGAUUCUACCAGUUCUGCAGCUUUGGUAUGACUGUUUUGUACUGCAAAGACAGUUCUUUUUGUUGUGUUAUUAUCUGGGGCAGAUAUUAACCAGGAAACAGAUUGUGAGGUUUGUGCCUAUUACCUAUGUCCUACAGGCUGUGUGGGUGGAGGAAGCUGUCUUUCUAUAACACCUGUGUUACUGGACUGUGCAUGCCAAGUCUUUGGACAUGUCUCUGUAUCAAGAAGUUUCACCUGGCCACCUUAUCUGAAACAGUCACCUCUGUGGCUCUUUGUGGUCUUGGUUAGUCCCUUUGGAUUGACUUUACCACAAAGAACAUUAUUGCUGGUAUAAAGCUUAAAUUUCCCUCUGAUGUGCUUCAGGAUGUAUACCACAAGAACAAAUGUGAAAAAUGAAAAGCAGAUAAUGUAGUAUUUUAGCUGAGCUCAAUACGGUUUUCAACUGAGAAACUGACAGACCAAAACCUAGCAUCCCCGCCUUCCUGACACUUUAAUGUAUUCAGAUCCCUGUUGCACGUUGUAGCUGUGACAGACCAUUCCAGGCCAGAGAUACCCUGUGCAGCGACAUCGCUGAAAAGCUGUGUAAUUAGUUCAGCAGCCACAGAGCCAGAAAGAAUCAUCUUCUGCCUGUGUCCAAGUGCGGAGUUCAGUGAAGAAAUUCCUUUGCAUUUGGUGCAGCCAAGUCCUGUCGCAUAACCAAGACCUGAACAUCCAAGUGGGGAUAAAGAUUUCUGCUUCACUUCUGGCCUAAAAUUAAAAAACAAAACAAAACAAAACACCAAAACAAAACAAAGAAGCUCUUGUUUGUUCCACAGCUGGAAGAGCCAAAACAGGACUUGACAGACUCGUGACACAUGGGCCCUGGGAACGCAGAUCUUUCCUCUGCUUCUCUUCCUACAGUCCACCACGCAUUUUCUCAGUAACAAAAGCAGUGUUAACCACCCUCUUCCUGUGCUCCCAGCUGUACCAGCACACCAGUCUGCUGAGCACAUCCAAAACCUUUCUGUAGCAAAUACCCCUCUUUGCCCAUUUUUGCUUUGUGACUUUUUAGCCACAUCAGUUCUCUCAGCUGAAUCACGCCAUAGAUUUGCUGUCACACCCUGGAGGUAAUACGAAUAGGGGCAAUGAUAAGUGACGAGGGAAAAGGGCUGUCAUAGGGUUGGGAACAUCUUACAUCAGAGACAAUUUUAAUUACUGGGUUUUUUUUUAAUAUCCAUUUUUCUUUUCCAUCCUAGUUCCUGCUGUCCUUGGAUAUAACCAUAUCAUUAGUCCAAAGUGACUCAAACAUCACAAAGUUUUAAAAACAUAAAUAGAUGUGGGAUUCUUUUUAUUUAAUAUCCCAUUCUCCAGAAUCUCGGUGGUUAGGAAUUUAUCUGAAAGGCUUAACUGAGUUUCUAUCUUAGUCACAUGACUCAAAGAGAUGGCACUUUUAAGAAAACCGUAAAGCUGUGGUGAAAUUAAAUAAAUCAGUCAAGCUGCCAUUUGUUCAAACAGCAUCCUUUUAUGGACACUGGGGAGUAAGGAAGAAGUCUUUGCCCGAACAGGAUUACAAAAGAAAUUGUCAUAUCGUUUAUGGCAGCCUCCUUAUCAUUAUCAUUAGAGCUAAUGCCAUCAUCAUUUUCCCCAGUGAAAGCAGGGCCUCUGGGGCCUCUCUGCUUCCUGACAGUGGAGACACCCGUGUGCAUAUUAAUAUGCAGCUCUGCUUAUGCUAAUGGCAGCUAUUUGUAACAUUAAUAUUUUCUUCCACCAUAAAAAAAUAACAACAAUAAUAAUAAUGCUUUGUCUUGAGGAUUUGAGCUCUAAUGUGCUUUGCAGGAAUGGAAGGAGAAGAGAAAAGCCUCUGACCUAAUUUUUGUAUCCUUGAGGGGAAGACCAAAUCUGCAGAUGGCAUAGGUGCUGAAAAGCUUGCCCUCUGCACAAGCAGUGUGAAGGUCAGCAGGGAGACUGGUCUAACUCAUGCACAAAGCAAGUGGCAACAUCAUUAACGGUGAUUGCUCCAAAUUCCUGCUGGAAGUCCCUCUUUGGACCGAAUCAGCAGCAGGGCUGUGCUCCUUGCGGUCAGGCCUCUCACCUGCUCUGGAACUGCUGAGCAACACACAGGUGCUUGCUCUGGGAGCUGGAAAGCCAGGGGGAGCAACCACUUGUGUUUGAGUGCUCCCUGGAUGGCUUCAAGACCAGUCUUAUUGACCUUGCAGUUAGCAAGCCUAAAAGUAUGCCCCCGGGGCAUGCCCUCUGUGCCUGGAUGUCCUGCUGUGCUGUGGCUUUAGGCAUGGAUCUAGGGGCCUCCCUUUGCUCUGAAGAGCAGAUCCAUGAAGAACAGCAUAGAGGUUUUUUUACUACCCAUUCUUGCAAUAAACCAUCAUCACUAUUUUUGUUCUUCUGACACCAUCCCAUGCAAGAGAAAAAAUUCAGCUCUAAGCCCUUUUCAGUAUUAUUUACUGUAGUGACUGCAGCUGACAGUUACUGUCGCCGCCCAACGUGAUCCUGCUGUGUGAGGUGCUGUGCAGGUACUGAUCAGGAAGGCUGGGCUCUUUCCAAAGGGCUUGCAGUUUUACAAGCUCCUAAAGCUUUUGGAUUUAGAUUGCUGAGAGAACCUCUUUUCUUUUCAGGCUCCAGUGUCUCCUAUGGCAUUUGCCCACAAGUUCAGAUAAUUUAAACAGGGAACAUAAAGUGCAGAAGGAAAACAAAAUACAGAAUUUAAAACUUGUCAGGUUUGCUACCUGGCUCCAAGUCAACCGCGAUCUGUUCUGUGCCAUUGGGGCAGUGGGGCAACGUCUGCCCGUUCCACAGGAAUGGUGUUGAAUAGCAUGUUGCUAAUGUUUUGUUAUUUGAUGCUAGAAAAUAAAGAAAUUUUAGAAGUUAAAGAUUUUUGCAGGAUGGCAUAGUCAAAACCUUUAAAAAUGUCUGUAAUUAGUUACUCUGGGAGCAUGUGAUGAUAUUUAAUAAGCCCCAUAGUGAUCAUUUUAGUAGCCUUUCCCAAUGCCUGACAAAUACUGAACAUGGCACACUUAAUAUUAUUUUAAUUAUCAACUUUUUAAAGAAAAUGUCAGUGUUCCAGUAGCCUGAGGUCUGUUUGGGAGUAGUGGGGGAAACUGUUUCUUGUUGUCAGAAGAAAGAGAAGGAGAUGCUAUUUUUCUGUGUGAAACUGUAUGACUUGGUUGAGAACCUGUCUUUUCUUACAUCUUGUUUAUUUUGUAGUGUCUGAAGCUCCUCUUUCUUGUACUGCAGUGGUUUAUUUCUGUAUUAAGCACUUACAGUGGUAUUUACUAUUUUACUUUUUGACUUGAGGGAAAAGAGAAAGAGAUCACACCAUUUGUUGAGUCCAUAUUUUACAAGAUUUGCUGAGAAGAGAAGAAAACUACAAGAAAAAAGCAAACAAACAAACAAAAAAACAGCCCAAAGAUUACUUUCCGUUUGAAGCCGGUGUUCAGAGACGUUCCUUCUUGGUACCAGGUGUCUGGCUGCCCUAAAACAUGAGACUGACUUCCAACUUGCCAUGUACCUCAGAAAUUGCCAACACUGUCCUCUCCAACAUACACCCCACGGUUCUCAACUACCUGCGCUUUUUAUUACUUGCUUCUAGGUUCAAGACAUUUGGGUCAAGCUAAAGGUUAAAAUUUCAUGCUUUUCAAUAAACCCCCCCUAGGGGUUAAUAACAUUCUUAUUUUUAAAAAGAAAGCUGCAAUUCUCUUGAGGCUUCAUGAGAGCUGAAUCUUUAAGCAAGUAACAAACUGGAUGACUUGUGUACAAAUCAUGCGGUUUAGGAGUGCUUUCUUAAAGCUUAAAAUAAACUGAAAAGUACACAUUUUUUAAAAAUACUCUGAUGCAAAUAAUGCUAAAUCUAAAAAUGCCUGUAACUAUUCUACUCUGAAGUUUACCGUCUUCUUGUAUCACCACCUCUAGUGCAUGAAAACCUAUGAGUGAAUCUGACAGGAGGUGGAACAUGGAUUUGACUUUUUUUGUUGUUGCUAGCACAUUAAUCUGGGAACUAUAACACUGAGCCCAUUGGAGCUUUGUUGUUCUUAAGAAGGAAACAAGUUGACCUCCAUAGUGGAUUCAAAUCCCAAAAGUAAACAAAGACUGUAUCUAGGUAAGAAUAACUGGAGUGUUCUAUGGCCUUUCACAAGCAUUAGUUGAAGGUGCUGUUGGCAACAUAGGAAGCAAGUGUUUCAUAGGAUACUUUUGCAAAAGAAGGUGGUUUCAGCUUUCCUUUAAAAAGAUGGUUCUGCACUAAAUUCUACUGUUUAGCAUCCUUUUGUCAAUUUACUACUGCUGCAUUGACUCUAGCACAACUGCUCCCGUUUUAAACUUUAUUAUAUAAUAAGUAAAGUAAUCUCCCAAGGUUCUUAACUGGUCAGUUCUCCUCUAGAGAAAGGUUGAUUACGGUUGUAGUAGAAACACACCAAGAAUGAUUCAAGGGUUGUUUAAAGUAGCCUCUGUGGUGUACUGAUCUUAAUGAAAGAAAAAUGUUUCCUCUCAUGGCAAGGAACAGAGGGUUGAAUCUGCUAUAUGCAGGCAGCUCCAUGGGCAGAUUUGGUUAGCAAACUCUCUUGGUUUCGCUGCACAGCUCUGUCUUGAAUAGAUGGAGAUAUAAGGUCCAUUUCUGUGUUCUCUAAGCUUGCAUUGGCAGGAUUUCCUAAAUACCUGUGGAGAGGUACAAGGUAUUUGUCAAGUGCAGUGGCAUAAAAGAGAUGUCGUGGAAAAUUAUAGCACUGGUGUUACCUGUGAGUAAUGCACAUUGAAUUUCUUCUAUAGGCUACUUGGUGCCUUUAUGAUGCAAAGAAAAAUGGUACUAAAGGGAAUAUCUGAGUUCACUGGAAAAAACUGCCACUACCUGUCUAGAACUUACUCAAAACUCACUGGCAAUAGAGCAGUGUUGUGACUCAUGCCAAAAGAUGGUGUGGGGAGAAGUUUGUUCAGAACAUGUGUGGGAAGGGGCACCACACUUGCAUUUCAAAGAGGAAGUGCAAGUUUAUUGGGGAGGUUAAUCCUCUGUCUAUUUGUCCUUGUGAAGGCCUCUCCAGUUUGUUAGCCGGCAGAGGACGAUAGCCUCAUCCUGUUUAUGUGGUCCCUACAUUUUGCAGGGUCUGAGCUGGGUGAAGCACUUGCCCUUAUUUACAGCCUAGGCUCUUGCAUAAUAAUGAAGUAAUCAACUAAGUCAUAAUGUCAAAGUCAUGCAUAGGAACUGAUAUGGUUAUCACACAUGAUACAUUUGUAGGUGUAUAUGAGCUCAAGUAGCAUCCAGUAAGCCGAAUAAGCCCAGAAGUUUUCCAUCCUCUGUUGAUUUAUCCUUGUCUUGGCACAGCAAACACAUGGUGCAAAGCUCAUGAGAGACUGUUUGCUUUUAUUUGUGCAUCAGAAGCAGCUAGGAUAGGUAAGAUCCCCAGUUUAGAUCUCUUGGUUCAAAGAAAUGCGAGGUUUAGCUCUCUGUCCCUCCACCAUACAUAUCAGUUCUGCAAGCAUCUGUUGCCCCCUCAUGACAUGAACUCCCAGACUGGAGCUCAUUUGACUCUAAGGUUAAUUUUCUUUAGCCACUGGCAGGCUGAUUUAAGUAUCAGCUCAUUAUGAUGGCAUUCUAAUUAAAGCCCCACGAUAGCCUUUGACCCAGCAAAAUGACUUGGGAGAGGUGAAGCAAAUAGGGUGAUAAGCUUAGAUACUGGCACACAGGAGGAAAUAUAUGCUGCCUGACGUUUGUGGGUGUCAACUUCAGCAUUAUCAGAUUGUCCUCUGGGAAAAACUGGUUAUUAGUAUUUAUCUUCCUAAGACAAAUUCAGCAGCACUGAUUCCUUUUGCUUCAAAGGGAGUUGCACCUCCUUCUUGCCAGGAAUGGAUUUAGUCCUCUGCCUUCAUUUUCAAGGUGUAUUUUGUGUAGUUUCUCUUUCAGAAGAGUUAAUCACUUCCCCUUCUGUGUGGAAGAUCAAGUCUUUACUGGGAUGCAGGAAUUUCUUCAGGCCUGUCUAGGCACAAGAGCUGAUAAAAUAGUUAUUACUAUAGUACAUGCAUAUCUGCAUCCACACCCUAGAAUAUUUUUUUAUUUUGUGUCCCAUGUGACACAGCCUUUGAAAAAAAAAUUGGAGCAGCCAUCCUGGAUCUAAAUAUGUUAGACUCUCACACAGCACUAGCAUUAUCCAAAGCUGAUCGUCUCAACAAAGCUAUUAGGAAGAUGUAUGAACACAACAAAUCCUAGCUAGGAGUACUGUCUGCCAAAUCACUUUUGCCAGUUCUUCUUGUUCACCUUGAACCACGCCAUUCCCUUUGCUCCUUAUUAGGGCUUCCUAGCUUUCUAUCUCCCCAUUUCUUUCCCUCUCCAGUCCUUUAAGAGCUUUUAUUUGCAUUUUUCCCACAUCCCCCUAGGAUGGAGAAGUAUUAGGCUUGCAAUAACAGAGUAAAGGAAUUCUAGUAUUUUAUUAUUGACAGUAAAGAAGCCUGGAGGACACAAUCCUCUUGAAUUGAAAGCAGUGGCAAUCCAAUGGUAUCCCUUUCCUAAACUGACCAUACCUGAUACAUCUUGAAGAUGUCCCUGGGUACACUGAGUCUACGACUGGAACUCUGGGAGGUAGAUCAUGAUAUUUUGUUGAGUAGGGAGGUAAGUUUGUCCUCUGUGGAAAAGAUGGGGAAACAAAACAGAGGGCAAAGGUUUAUGCAAGGCAUAAUAGUGAGUCAAUGGCAGAGUGUACUAGAACUUCAGUAUCUGCGGUUAUACUUCAGACUUGACCCAAGGUUCACUUAAAUCAUUUAACCUUUGCUGAAGGUCAGAUCUGGUUAAUAUUUUUGUUUGCAAGCAAAGUUGUUAUCCUCAGAAAAUACUACUUAAUUGAAACAGAAACCUUGGGUGGAAUUGUCCUCACUUGAACAAGGUUUUGCCAGGAAGAGUUUCACAUUUCCAGGUUUAAGUGCCUAGCCAAGCUAGAGAGGUCACACCAAAGUAGCCAAGAACCAGGGGGAAAGAGCCCUAUGAGGAAGUCAUCCUUCUGAAUCAAACAGAGCAGAAGCUGGAAAACAAAAGGCUGAUGUUCCAGAGGAGUGACUCUAAUGAAGGUGAUGUUUUGCUCAUGCAUUUGGAGAAGAAUGGGGAGCAGGGAAGAUCAUUAUCUCAUUGUGGUCUUGGUUCAGUCUGGAUGCGGAAUGGGAAUGAUUUCUUAACAAGUAAUGCAGGAUGGAAGAGUAGUUUUCUUCGUACCCCUUCUGAGGACAAACAGUCAGGCUGUCCAGAUCUGGUCUGCAAGAAGCUAUAUAGGGUAGGACCAAUUUUCAGAGGGAAGAGAUGAGAAGUUAACUUCUCAUAAUAAUGAGAUACUUAAGUAGUGUUCCCAGCUACCAUGUAAUCUUAUAAUUAUUGGUUUUGUGUGUGUGUAGUAUCCUGUCUUUCUUCCUCUCCUCUAUAUGCAUGCAGGCAUGCACUCUUUCCUAUCUCCAUCAUCUUUAACUAAAUUAGAGUGAAAUACUUCAUUACAGAGACUUUCAGCCAGGAGUGUAGGCCCCAGGGAGUUUAUUUUCAUACAAAUGUAUUAUGCACAAGGUUGAUCUGAUCACAGACAAUUUGAACUAUCUUUGCACCCCCAGGAAAAUUCCUUUCAUAAAUGUAAAUGAUGUGACACUCCAAAGAACAGAAAACAAGACAGAAAGGGAGAAGAGAAGAAAGAAAGACUCUCUGAGCUGAUUGAAAGGAGAUUAUGGGCAGCUGUGGAGAUGCUGGGUCUGGAGCGCAGGACAUGAGCUGUCAGGGCUUUUUUGCUUGCCCUCUUCCUCCUCUUGCAGUGUAACCUUCCCAUUGAACAGCAAGCUGUUGCAACGUGCUGGAGGGGGAAGAGUGAUGUAUUAAGUACAGUUUGAGAUUAUAAUAACUGUUUCUAUGGCAACAAGAAAAUGCCCUCCAUGGCUUCUGUUUGUGUUUUGAGCAAGGAGGCAUGAAGUGAAGGUUUGUAAACACAAGGAAGCGGCAAGAGAUGCAAGCAGGGGGUUUUGUGGUACCUUGCCCUUGAUGUUGGCCUACCUGGGACACACAUCUUCUUCUGGUGUGCUGGGCUUUCUUCAGCCUUGUUUCAGCAGUCAGUUGCAAAUUUGCUUUUGGACUUUUCCUGGAGCAUGAGAGAAAGAAAGAAAGCAAAAGAGUUUGCUUUUCCAGGUUCUUCAUUACUGACCUGCUCGAAAGUUGAUAUCUGUAGAACUGAGUCAUGUGUUCUUUCCACAAUGGGGUGUGGGACUAAGCUCAGCUUGCUUCUCCGUGGGACUUCCCCAUGCUGCACCACCAGACCAAGUCCCGUCUUGACCCUGCAGGGAUCUCCCUGGUAGAAGUAGUAAGUGUGGAGGGUGAGUUAAUCCCCACUUUCAUAGAAUAUAAAUCUUCUACUCACAGAAAUUCACUGGGCAGAAAGAUGCACUGUAAAUGAAACCACUUCAGCUUCUCCUCUCCAACACUGCACAGAGAGACCCAUCUAUUAUUAAAAACCCUAUUAGUCGUGGUAAGAUUGUACCACUCCCUCUCACUGUAACUGCUGAACGUUGUCUAAUUGGCUUUUAUUACUACACCAUCCCUGGGAACAUGUGGAGCUCAAAUGCACAUUUGCUAAGACAUCUGUGUUCCCUCAUCCUUGUUGGGGAUGCUUUUAGACCAUUUAAGGUUUUAUCAGGAGGAUUAAAAAAAGAGAGCAAGAGAGGUGAGGAGAGGAGAUGGUUCCUAGGCUGGGGACAAUGUGGAGGAUGAAGACAACAAAAGGGAGGACCAAGUGGCUGGUCUCUCCAGCAGUUUUUCUGCUUGACAACAUGCUUCUCUGGUCCCUCCAGCAGACAGCUCCUCCAGCUGUCCCAUUCCUGAAGAGAAACAUGUUCACUGGGCUCCUAAGCCACUUCAGGUACUCACCAGCUAGUCCAGCUUCAUAUUCCCUAGCAAUUGCACACUGACAUGCGCACCAUCACCUGUUGCUGUUUUGGCACCACCAACCCAUUGGCCUCUGCCCUGUGGUCCCACUUACCCUGUGUAUACGCCCUUGAAUGCAGAGCAGAGUCCUCUCACCCAGGAAAAUAGUGAGAAGUGGAGUUUAGUGGGAUGACAGGACAGAAUGUGUCCAUCAGGUCUAGUGCAUGACCAGAUGAGUAUGCUGCCCAGCAACCUAUUGAUGUGCAACUGGUCCCUUCUGUCCCCUUUCCCCCAUAUUUUACCGUGCCUUUUCCUCCACAAAUCAUCUUGGUCCCUCCCUUUCCCUGCCUUUGGUCUUUCCCUGAAAUAUCCCAUAAAUCCUGGACAAUCCCCAAAUGCUCUUCUUCUGCAUCCCAUAACAUGUCCCAUAAUCGCUAGGCAGUAACCUAUGGAUUAAUGGCCCUGUCUCCUGCCGUGCACAUCCCCAACAGAAGCGGUUUCUCUUGCUGACCCGUUGCCCUCUGCUCUGCUGCCUGAGUGUUUGCUCAGCUCUGUCUGGAUGUGUGAGGCUUGCACAGAGAUGCACCGGUUCUGUGACUGAUGAUACUUGGGUAACAGGUUGUCACACAAAUUCAAAGGAGUUUCAGUGCUAGUAAGAUCUGCAAGUCCUCCCAAGCAGCGUAGGCGUGUCUCUUUUUGAAAGGAGUGGAUGUUAGAGAACUGAGCCUGGUAAGGCAUUUCUGGUGGAAAAAAAAAUAUUCCGUUCCUUUAAUCUCUUAACUACUUUUACACAUUUUAGGCCCAGAGUCCUUAGGAACUGAUAAAGAUAAGAGUUCUUGUGAAGUGUGAUGUGACUGCCUUUUGCAUGUGAGCUGCCUAACCAGGAAAGAGUAGCAGUCAGAUACAUUAUACUCUGCGUGGGCAUUAAACAAGCUUUAAAGCAGCAUCACCGCCUGGUUGAUUCCGCCAAGGCAUCCUGGGUUUUGUGGUCACUGAUCAAGUGAAAUUGUUUGUAAUGGAUAGGUUGGUAUGUGUUCUCAGUUUCAUUCAUUUGUUUCACAGGCAUUGCCACUGCCGACAAAGCAGAGAGUGGUUUAGCUAGUGCUUCCAGUUGUUCAAGCAAGGCAGCUUAACUCUGUGUUUUGGUAGUUUUACAGCGUCCGGGAACAGCCAUUCACAUGUUAGCGAGAGCAAAAGCCUGUUUUUCAGGCAUUAACACCCAGCAAGGCAUUCGGGGUCUCCCCACACGCGCAGUGAAAAGGCUCUGUCCUGCCUUUGUGUGGGCUGGCUGGGCACACUCACACCAGGAACUCUGGCAGGUUUCCUCUGUCGCUUUUUUUGCCCCUCUUCCUUCAUGGAGUCUCCUACUGAGUGUAUUAAGUAAACAGGUUUCUCCCUUUCCUGUCUGGAAGGGACUGUUCCAGCCUGCUCCUCUCCGCCUGUCAGCAUUUCACUUCAGCGAACAGAGGAUGUUAUUCUUCCCGUGGUGCCAGUCGUGCUAAUGGGAUCCGUUUAAAGCGAACUCCACUGUAAUUUCAUUUUCCUUAGGGAGCGGGGUGGGGGGGGGAAAGUGCUUUCUCCUCAGAGCUACAUCCCUGCUACUCACUUUACAUCUCUCUUGCAGAGUCUGCAGCAUGCUAAUUUCUCUCCCAGAUCACUGGAAAACGCUGGGAGCUGAGGGGCCCUGAAGGAGCCCUUGCGGAUGCAGUGCUGCUGUGCAGCACCCAACACAGGCUAAAGCCCAUCUCCUCGCCAUGGGGUGGCCUCAGCCAAAGCCCUUCCUGGUGUUCAGCCUGUGACAGCUGAACCAUGCAGCCUUCAGUGGGCUGCACCUUGCAUUCAGCUGGAAACCACCCAGUACAAAAGCUUGUGGUCUGUUUCUUUAAUGAGAGCAUGUUGGCCAGCAUUUCACACAAAAGCACUGCCAUUUGGGUUGGGUUUUGUAGUUUCUUGCUCCAGUGCUGACAUUUACUCUCUCAAAUCACUUCAGAGCCUCCCACAGCAGUGAGCAUCCCCUUCCCCACCAUAAUGUUGCUGCAGUUGCAGUAGCUGAGAUGCACAUCAGCUCUCAGGGCAGAAAAGCGAGGGAACUGAUGGCAGGACUUUUUCCCAAGGGCCCCACAGCCCUGUAAUUCAGUUCCCCUUAGUAUGAAAGUCCUCCAUGUGUCGACCUUCAGGGUAUGCAGAGAAACUUGUCUGCUUGCUGGGGCAUCCAGGGCUGUCUGGGAUGGGUGGGCAGCCAGGGGAAGGAGUUGUUGUUUUUCUGUCGAAGUAGUUGAUGUUUUUCUGUUGUGUGGGUUGAGAUAUUUUGCUGGAUUUGCUUUUAGUUUGCUAUGUUGUUGUUUGUUGAAUGGCUUGCGGGUUUCUAUAUAACACUGAAAUGGCUGGGGCCUGCAAGGGGUGCUUUUAUUCUUGGCAUUCAAAAAGAAAUCAGAAUAGAUGAGAUAUUUUUCUCGUAAUUAAAGAUCACACCUAUACCAAAUGCUUUAGACCUCAGUCUCCUCCUGUUCCCCCACUUCCCAACCUUCUUCCCCUCCUACACACAUAAAAAGUUCAACUGUUUGGGAAUGCAGCUGAGAAUUUCCUACUGUCUAGUAAGUGUAAACUAAAUACCUAUCCCUCCCUCUUGAAAAAAAAGAAAAAAACAACCCACCAUGUGAAGCAUUUUCAUGGUACUUGGCGUCUGUUCUGUAGCUGGCACUCCUCUCUAGCUAUGGUGUAGGUUAUUUCUGCAUUACCCCAAACAGACAGUUCCCCUGCUCAGAGGUCAAGGUCGGUGCAAUGAUUGCCAAGUCCUUUUUGUUGGCAGUUCCCCAUGGGGAGUGAUAUUAGCCUGCACGCCUCUCCUGCUCCUACUCCCUACAGCCUGUUAUUAAACAAGGACAAGUGGGUAGCUUGUCUGUGUCUGUGUGUGAGAGCGCGACUCUGUCACCUGAUGCAUACAGAUGGCUUAUUAACCAAUUAAUUCAUAGGACUAAAUUGGUUAAAUCAAACUAAAUGACACCCAAUUGCUGUACAAGGGUAGAAAUGGAUUGGAAUAAGUGUUUCUUAAAUGCCAGCCUCGUUGAGCAAAGGAAUGAGUAGUGGAGGGAGGAGGGGGGCUCAUGGAGAACUGGGGAAGACAGCAGAUGCUGGCAGAAAGAGCAGAGCUGUCCAGGGCAUCAUGUUCUGGGGAAGGAAGUGGCUCGGUUUGUGCUGCCAAGAAAUCGGAUCACUCUUUCUGCUGAUGACACUUUAGGGCUGGGAAUGCCUCUGGAGAGGGAGUCCCAGCCAUUGUCUUUGCUCCAUGGCCUGCAGAAGAGGAGGUGGCUUCUUGGGUCCCAGGCUUUGGUUGGAACCUGAACUUCUGCUAUUGUUCCUUCAUCUCAGGAGGGAGGGUUUCAUUUUUCAAAAGGGCAAUCUGCCUCCUCGUUUUGUCUGAAGCCCCUGGGGAUGUUCGUCAUCCUGAAAACUGUGGUUCUUGGUCCUCUCUCUAACCAGGCCCCAAGGUCUGGGCAGAAAAACUACAUGCAGCUGUAAUGUCACUGUCUUCCUCACCUGCAACAAUAUCACCAGUUGCUAAGGGAUGCUCCUUUGUAAGAUUUCCCUUGGUGGCAUUAUCUGUUGGGGGCGGGUGGAGGGAUGGCUUGACCUUGACUGGCUGUCAAGUGACCAUCAAGCUGCUCUAUCACUGCUUCUCCUCAACAGGACAGGGGAAGACCACUUACCAGUUACUGUGAUGAGCAACACAGCCUAGACUUGGUGAAAUUUGAUUUAUUGCCAAUUAAUAUCAGUAUAAGAAAUAAGAACAAAACCACCUUCCCCAACUCCUCCCUUCUUUCCAGGCACAAUUUCACUCCCAACUCUUCUACCUCCCCCGCCAGGCAGUGCAGGAGCAUGGGGAAUGGGGGUUGUGGUCAGUCCAUAAUGCGUAGUCUGUGCUAUUUCUUCCUCCUCAUGCUCUUUCCCUGUGCCAGCGUGGGGAAGACAGUUCUCCACAAACUGCUCCAAACUGGUCCAGUGUGGGUCUCCCACAGGCAGCAGCUCCUGUCGAAAAUUUGCUUCUGUGUGGGCUUUUCUCCACAGCCUGUUCCAGCAUGGGCUAUCCAUGGGCUGCAUCUUCCUUCAGGUCAUGUGUGGAUAUUUGGUUCACCGUCAUCCUCCAUGGGGGACAACCUGCAGCACCAUGGUCUUCAUCACAGGCUGCAGGGAAAUCUCUGCUCCAGCACCUGAAGCACCUCCUUGCUCCUCUUUCUUCACUGACAUUGGUGUCUGCAGGGCUGUUUCUCAUUUUCUCAUUCCUCUCUCACAGCUGCUGCACAGCAUUUUUACCUGUUCUGAAAUAUGUUACUGCAGAUGCACUUUCAGCGUCACUGAUGGGCUCAGCUUUGGCCAGUGGCAGACCUGUCUUGAAAUGGCUUGACCUGGCUCUGUCUAACAUGGAGACAGCUUAUGGUGUCAUCUCACAGAAGCCACCUCUCCAUCCCCCUUUCCUCCUCAACCUUGCUACAAAAACCCAAUCGAGUGUGUUACCAGAGGCUUUGUUCUUCUUUGUAGGAGAGCUUGCCGUUUCCUUUUUCCACAACAAGUGGUUUGCUCUGCAUUUUGAUAUAGAUGAUGGACUUUAUGGGAUUGACUGGAUGGCUGGGAGUGGGAUAUGUAAGAGCCAUAACCUGAUUUAGAGUAGCAAAGGGAAUACACAAGAAAGAAUACGAAAGACAGAGUUGCGCAUCAGAAACUACUCUGAUGGUGUUUUGUUUGAAUGUUUUCCUUGCCUCAAGGUUAGACCUCAUAUCACCAUAUAAAAGCUUAGGUUGCCUGUACCACUGUUUUGCUGGAGUUGAUAAUCAGAGUGAGGUUUCCUAGCUGCUUCCCUUGGCAGGAGCUUCAUCUGGCUAGUCAUGACCACAGGGAAAGGUUUGUGGCUCCCCUUAAGGUGUAGAGAGCUGGUCCAUGUGGGAAUACAGGAGACACCGAGGUACAAGUCUUUCCAUGAGACAGAGGCAUCUACCAUAGCUUGUGAACAGCCUAUGGCAGUUUCCUGCUAGCAGCACCUGUGUUCAGCAUGGCCCAGGGCAGACUUGUGUGUUGAUUUUCCACCUUUUGGUCCCUUGGUCAGUUCUGUGUCCUCCAGGCAGCUCUGGAAAACUGUGCUCAUGCACUUGAGGGCACAAAGCACAAAGGGCAUGGCCCUGGCUUAACCUCAGCAGAAGGGCAAGAGCCGUUGCCUGUGAAGGUGCCAGGAAGCAAGACAUGCUUCUGGGACUGGGACACCUGCGUCCUUGUGGUGGGCAGGUGCCCGAGGUUAGCUUUGGGUUGGUGCUGUUUGGGGAGCAGCUGGACUUGCUCUAUGGGAGGUCCCAUAUGAUUGGAAAUUGGCCAAUGUUACCCCAGUCCACAAAAAGGGCUGCAGAGCUGACCCUGGCAACUACAGGCCUGUCAGCCUGACCUCGGUGCCUGGCAGGGUUAUGGAGCAGAUCAUCCUGAAUGGAAUCACACAGCACCUUCAGGAUGGACAAGGGAUCAGACCCAGCCAGCAUGGGUUUAGGAGGGGCAGGUCCUGUCUGACCAACCUGAUCUCCUUUUAUGAUCAGGUGACUCACCUGGUGGAUGAGGGGAAAGCCGUGGAUGUGGCCUAUCUGGACUUCAGCAAGGCCUUUGACACUGUCUCCCAUAAUAUACUCUUGCAAAAGCUGGUAGCCCGUGGCUUGGACAAGUGUACUCUACGCUGGGUUAAGAACUGGCUGGAGGGCCAGGCCCAGAGAGUGCUGGUGAAUGGGGCUGCAUCCAGCUGGCGGCCAGUCACUAGUGGUGUUCCCCAGGGGUCAGUGUUGGGUCCAGUCCUGUUUAACAUCUUUAUUGACGAUUUAGAUGAGGGGAUUGAGACCAUCAUCAGCAAAUUUGCUGAGGACACCAAGUUGGGAGGGAGUGUCGACCUGCUGGAAGGCAGGAGGGCUCUGCAGAGGGAUCUGGAUAGACUGGAAAAAUGGGCUGAUUCCAAUGGGAUGAAGUUCAAUAAGGCCAAAUGCCGGGUGCUGCACUUUGGUCACAACAACCCCCUGCAGCGCUACAGGCUGGGCGCAGAGUGGCUGGAGAGCAGUCAGACAGAAAGGGACCUGGGGGUGCUAAUUGACAGGAAGCUCAAUAUGAGCCAACAGUGUGCCCGGGUGGCCAAGAAGGCCAACGGUAUCCUGUCCUGUAUCAAAAAUAGCGUGGUCAGCAGGACAAGGGAAGUGAUCCUUCCCCUGUACUCUGCAUUGGUGAGGCCACACCUGGAGUAUUGUGUUCAGUUCUGGGCCCCUCAGUUCAGGAAAGACAUUGAAGUGCUGGAGCGGGUCCAGAGAAGAGCAACACGACUGGUAAAGGGACUUGAACAUAAGACCUAUGGGGAGAGGCUGAGGGAGCUGGGGUUGUUUAGUCUAGAGAAGAGGAGGCUUAGAGGUGACCUCAUCACUCUCUAUAACUACCUGAAGGGAAGUUAUAGCCAGGUGGGGAUUGGUCUCUUCUCCCAGGCAGUUAGCAAUAGGACAAGGGGGCAUGGGCUUAAACUCUGCCAGGGGAAAUUUAGGCUGGAUAUUAGAAAGAAAUUCUUUACAGAGAGAGUGGUCAGGCAUUGGAAUGGCCUGCCCAGGGAGGUGGUGGACUCGCCGUCCCUGGAGGUUUUUAAACUGAGAUUGGUCAUGGCACUUAGUGCCAUGAUCUAGUAAACAGGCUAGAGUUGAACCAAGGGCUGGACUCGAUGAUCUCUGAGGUCUUUUCCAACCCAGUCGAUUCUGUGAUUCUGUGAUUCUGUGUGGGGUAGCAGCGGUCUUUCUACAGUGGAAGACACUGUGCCAUGUAAAACAGCAGCACUGACAGUGCUUGCAGCAGAAGAAAGGGAUAAACCCUCCAGUGUGGAGCAGGAGUGAAUGCUGUGUAUUAUUGGUUACCACCAUAGUAAGCUGGAGAAAAGAAUGACAGUAUGCCUUAGCAAAUCCUGCAAAGUCACAUGCACUCACAGCACGCACCAAUCUCCAAUACAUAGCAAGAAUCAAAACAUCACAGCCCAGAAUGCAUGCACAUACGUGCGUGCACACAGAGCACAUGCCAAAAGCAUGUGCACAGGUCUGGCACCUCCAUGUGUACAGCAUUAACAAAUUAUACAUAGACAUAGGCUGAAACAUAUGUGUACAUGGAGCACAGCCCAUUCAAACUGAAACCUGUGCAUACACACAACUGCCAAGAACAUAUUCACCAGCACCCUAAUGCUAGCUGUGGUUAACCACCAAGCAAACACAUGCCUGACUAUUAUGUCAGUGUUAAAAUUGCUCUUCUUCAGUUGCUGCAGCAAGAUAAAGUCUCCAAAGCCCGUCAUGCUGCGGCAUCUUUUUCAAGGCUGCAGUAUACGGAGUGCGUAUAAAAUAUUGAAUCAUUUAGGGGAUGUUCAUCUUUUCUUUCUUUUUAUUUUUAGGAAAGAAAAAUAGGAUUUACAGUCUGUCCAGUGGCAGAGUAAAUGUUUUAUGUGCUGGAGCCAUGACCACUGCUCUGGAGUAUUUGAUGCAUAUAUAUUGUGGUAAUUUUUUUUUCCUUUCCCCCCACCCUCUUUUUUUUUCCUUGGCAUUAUAAUGCUACCGAAAAGGGUCAAACCAACCAUUUGGAAGGGUCAUUUUUUUAUUCUUAGUGCAGAGUGUACUACAAGAGCUGUAAACCAAGCUUUGCCACCCUCUCAUUAGCAUUUGUCCUAGAAAUAUCCCUCCCUUUCUCUUGGCUUUAAUAGCCCGUGGUGUCCCUGCAGAAGAAGCAGGAUGAGGAAGGGAGGUUUUCACUGAUUCCAGAGGUGGAGUAGAAAGAUGUGUGUAGUUUCUAGACAAUGAGAAAUGGACUGAGGCCAGAUUUAGCAGUACACCCACCAACAGGUUGGACCCCUGAAGUCUUCUGCAUUGUAUUGCACUUUUCUUCCCUUCAACCCUUUACCCCACGUACCUGUUUUCUGGAGGCCCUAAUCAUGCACACCAGUUAAUUGGCUAAUUAUAUUGCUUCACAGACUGUGUGUUGUGCUGCUUUAGCUGGCAGCAACUUUUUACAGUUUCAUCAUGUUCCUUUUAGGGGAGGGGGAUGGCUUGUGGCUGAGGGCAGGUUGUCAGUUCAGGUUCGACACUGCUGUGGUCAGGCUGUGCACAGAUCACAUCCCCUUCCCAUGCUUCAGUUUCCUUAUCCCUUCUGAAGCAAAAACAGUGCUGAUUCAUCUAAGAAGGAGAUAGAAAAGCUUGUUCAUUAGUAUUAGAAAGUGCUUUGAGGUCUCCAGUAGACAGAAGCCACUGCUAUCCUCUGAGCUAUUUUCCCCUCACCAUGCCAUUUAUAAUAAUCUGGACUGUCUCAAGGUCUGAAGCAGAAGUGGGUUGAUCUCAGCUCAGUUUUUGUUUUUACCUUUUAUUAUAAGAGCUCUGCCAGUUCAAAGUCCUUGCAUGGACAUGGAGAACUUAUUCUUUUGUUACUUCUGUUGUCCAGAACAGAGCUGUUCUAGACACAAAACAGCAGCCCUGGGUAACAAAAGAAGAGAAAAAUUUAAUUAAGAAGAAAGAAAAGAAUUCUCUUUUAUUGCAAAAGUAGAAGGGCUGAGGACCCUAUUGAAGUUUGUCAGUGUAGCUAGGUAGGUCUGUUAUUGCCAGUCUGAGAGAAACCUCAAAAGAUUUUUAAGUUCAUAUAAGCAACCAAAAGUUCUUAUGAUUCUGUGAAUCAUAAGAUAAUCCUAGGGUCUUUGGCCUGUGCUGCUUCCAUCACAUUCAGAGAUGUAGCUAGGACUCCUGUACAAUCACUUUUCCUCAAGCCAUUCUUCAUUUGCAUCAAUGAGUCUAAGUUGGCAGCACUCACAUGUGAAGAAAUGAGUGUCAGGUUCGAAGGUGCCUUUGCCAUUAAGAUGUAUAGUGUAGAUCAUCUUAGAUCUCCUUGCCCUGCAGGUGGAGUGGGAUGAGGUGGAUUGAGGGGGGUCCAAGCAAGUGUGAGGAAAUCUAGCGUGUGAAAUUCUGUGGAUAUCUUGAUAAUCUCCUUCCUUCCCCUGUCCUAAGGAGGGGAAAAUCUUUUAGGGAAGGAGUAUCAGAUUCAGCUCUAGGGGAAAAUGCUGUUCCUCCAGAUUCCCUACAUCUCUGUGGGAAACUUGAGAAGAAGUUGGAAAACUGGAGUAUUGAAACACAGAGGAAGUCAAGGUCCAGUGAGUCCUGAGACCAGUCACCUCCUGUUAAUCUAUUCUGAAUUCCCAGCACUCCUGCAAGUGAGUUGCCUGAGAUGACAAGGAGCAUUCAAAGUGCCUCACUGAGAUCAGAUCUCUUGGGCCAGGAGCAUCCUUUAAUUCUUGGAUGUUGUGGUGCAAAAAGAAAAAACAAAAUCCCUUUUACUGGCAUUUCUAUCAUUGUCUUUGAAUGAUGUAGCAGGAUUCGGGUAUAUAAUCAUGUCCAGACGAUGAGAGGUACAUUCAGAGCAAAUAUAUAUCUAAAUGUUCAUUCUCUUACUUUGAGUAUUUGUUUAGUUGUUUUACUUGUCACUUUUGUAUGACCUUUAGCAAACUAGGCGUUUUGGCAUUAAACACAAAAGUUUGCACUGAAAUGGUGGAGGGAGCCAUCUUUUUAUGCUAACCAACCUAUUUUGGUCUGAAAAUGUCUUUCAGCAGUAUUUCACAGCUGUAAGGAGAGUAUUUAAGGGAAAAAAAAAAAAGACAUAAGUAUGUAUCAUUUUUGAUCCAGUCAAAGAUAAAGAAAUUCUGACUUUCCAUUUUAUUGGGAAUUGCUUACUCUAGUGCUGAGUCGCUUUGCAAUAGCUUUGGAGCACAUCGUAUUUUCUCAAAGCACUAGAUGACUCCAGGGACGGAUACAAAAUUUCAGUCGCAAGGAAGAGGAGAGAGGCUGCUGUGCAUCUGAGAUGCGGGAGGCCCAGAUGCUGCUCUCUGCAGUGCCACGCGCUUCUUCUGUGACCUUGGGGAAGGCGCAUGGCAUUUCUGCAGGUGGAUUCCCCAUUUGUGAGCUGGAGAGGGGACAACUAAUGUAUUAGUGAUUUUGUGAGUGACAGUGAAAUGGACGUCGGGGUUGUAGGCAGGGCUGAGCUGAGGCUUUGAGAAACUGCCGUGGCAAAGGUUCAUUCCUGUCUUCUGGAGGCUUGGUGAUCUGUAUUUACAUUGUCAGUCUUCUGUUCAGCAAAUGAGUGAAUCUCAUAACUCACAGCUGAGGCCGGGAACACCGUCAUCCUCACUGCACUCCUGGGAAAUGGAAGGGCUGUGUGGGGUGGCAAGGUCUUGGAGGAGACACUGGAAUGAAAAAUGAGAAAUUAAUGGCUCCCACCUUGCUUUCAGAUGGCUACAGCAUGCUGCUAACAGCUCUCUCUGACCUCCUCUCAGUGGCGUACCUGGUGGUGCAUAUCUGUGUAACGAACCUGGCUGUGUGUUGCAGCAGUGGCACUUUUGUGGGAAGUACCUCUUCCGAAGUAGAUGGGGAUAGCUGCAGUUUUGGGAAGGGGCCCUGGUGUGCUGUCCUCACACAAGUCACUGGGCUUCCCAAUGUGGAUUUUUAACUUGGGCUCAUUGGCAGCGUCAUUUCCACUAGAGAGGUUUUAAACACUGCUUGUCUUGGGGAACGUCAGACAGUGUUUAAUGAAGAAUGAAGGAAGCAGGGUGUUUUGUAUUGUGCUUUUGGGGCAACAGAAUGUCCCUAUGGGAGCUUUGAGUAGCAGCAGCAGAGAUGGGUGCCAAGCUAUCAGUCCCAGUGCUCAGCUUUUGACUGUGUGGGACAGAGGAGGGUAAGGAACAGCAUCCCAUCCAUUGCUGCAGUGCAAAGACUCCGCGGGGAAGGAGAGGGUGUUGCAGUUCCCCGUCGCCUGGCUACGACCCACAAGAGAGACGUAGUAACCAGCCACGCUAUGAAUACAGAAUCCAAAAGUAUGCCAGGACUAUUUGAGAUGCAGUUGAAUUUUUUUGCAGUCUGUACUUCUUCGUAAGGCCACAAUGCUGCCCCUUCAUCCCCACCUGCCCCUGUCCCACUUCCCAGCAAACACUGGAGCAGAGUGUGGCAGCUGGCAUGAGCUCUGCCCUGCUCACUUCCCUCCUCCUCUCCCUGCCAGUUUCGUCCUUCCUUGCACACUGCUGUUGAGUUCUUUAGGGUCUGUCUUUUGCCUUGUCUGCCUACCCAGCACAGCACAGUGAGGGCCUGCCCCCUGUUAAGAUCUGAGUGGGUCAUGAUGGUUUCUGCCUCCAUCUCCACCAAGACUGUGGGCUGUGGUGGCAUUUCAUCAGCCGUGUACAGAGGCAUUGUUGCCCAUCGCUAGUGUUGUCACCUGGAGUCCUCACCUGGAGCUGCUCCUGCUGGGUUGAUCUGCCAUGGAUUUGUUGGGUUGUUUGUUUGUGCUGAUAGUGGAAAUGUCUUAGUACCUGCCAAUUAUGAAAAAAAGAGGCAGCAGUAAUCUCCUCUAUCUUUCUUUUUUCCUAUCUCUCUCCAUUUUUUCUCUCCUCUCCCCUGGGACAGAAGUAAAUAAAAUGCUUGAUAAAAUUUAGGCUUUAUGUGUGUGAGAGAGAUACUUAUUGUGGUGAGCUGGGUUGAAGAAAUGAGAUUUGCAUAGAUAUGGAUGGAUCAAAAAAAGAGAAAGAGAUUGGGAGAAGAAUGCUUGAAUACUGAAUAACUGAAAAUGUAUGGAGCAAAAUCUGCGCCUGCAAAAACUCUCUGGACUUAGCAGAGCAAUAUUCACUUGCACUAACUCUGUAUGUAGCCCUGUGUUUUGCUUUUAAACCAUAUUACUCAUUAUGUCUGUUAACUCCCCAGGUGUCUCAUUUGAGGUUAUUCUUUCUCAUUAGGGUGUGAGAAGAGAGAAUUAGUGUUUGCUGUCCUCUAGGUACUUCCCUGCAGAGACCCUGUGGUGCUUAGCAGGGUGAUGGUGGGGCAAUAUUCUCCUAGAGACUUUCGACAAGUAAAACACCUAUUGCCUCUGACAACUAGAAUUUGAGGAAGCCCUGAGGAGCAGCCAUGGCAUCAUGACACUACCUGUGCUGCAAACAAAUAGCAGGAAAUCCCUGGUGUUCUCACUUUCACAAUUGUCCUAAUCUCUGGAGGGACUGAGCCACAGACUGAGUCAAAGAUUCAGACUGAGCCCAGGUAGCUUCCUCUUUGUGCCAGUACCUGAAUUUUUUAUUUUACCUAGGAGCGUCAUGACAGACUUUGCUAGAAGCUGAAAACCUCUUGAGAAAAGUUUUUCUGCAGGGCAUUUCACUUCUUCUGUGUUGCAGGCAGUACUGCAUUGGCUGGGAGGUCUGGGCAUGGAGGUUUAGGUUGGAUCUGGUACUCAUUUGAUUCAGAAGCCCAGCUCUCAUGAUAGUUGGUAGCAGAUACAUCAGAGAAAAGGAGCAAGGUGACAUAUUUUGGUGAUCUGACCCGAUGCUAAGCAUCAUUCCCAGCCAUGAGAGUGAGGAGGAGACGUACUUUCUGAAGAUUUAAUGUGUCUUUAAUAAUGUUGCUGUCAUUCAUUGUCAUAAUUCUGAAUAUUGCGAUGUGUCUUCAUCUGGCCCUUCAGGAAUACUGAAGUCUUCGUUUCAAUUAUUUCCUUUAGCUUCCAGUCCCACAGUCUAAUAAUAUAACAUGUGGAGGGGAAAAAAAUUAAGAAAAAAAGGUAUUCCAGCACCUUUGAAUUCAGCUUUUCAUUUGGCUGAAUGCCUUCUUAAUCCUUGUUUCCUAAGCUUGAACAAUACUCUUAGCUGAUGAAGAAAGGUAGCUACCUACUUUUCAAGUGCACACGGGCUUUGGACAGUCAGUGGAAAGCAGACGUGUGAUCUCUCCAGUACAACCUGAAACCUGAGAAUUGCACACAUGGGGACAUUUCUUCCACCUGAAUGUCAAUGCUUCGUGGCCACAUCUUUGGUACCCAUACCCAAACAGAAAGCAGGUUUGUUCCAGCUUAACCCAUAUCUGGGUGCCCCAUUUGCAGUCUUUCCACAUGAUAAAUGGGCUAAUUAAAUUACAGGGCAGAAAGAGAAAAGAAAAAAAAAAGGAGGGGGCAAGGGAUAAGGAGACUGGAUCGAUUGACAAAUUGAAAUGUCAUUUCCCAGGUUGCAGCUGGACGCUAUAGCUUCUCUUCACUUUCCCUCUCCAUCUUUUUUCUUCUUAGACUUUUGGGUUUUUUUUGAUUUGGUCAUAAAAGCCAGGACGUAAUUGAAACUGGCAUCAGAAUCAAACAGCAUGACCUUGCCAGGUUUCUUCCAGUCCUGCCACGCCAUCCGCGCCGGCUGAGGGAAAUAAAAGAGGAGGGGGGAGCAAGGGCACCAGCGCAGGGAGUCCCCUGACAACUCAACUGCUUGCAUGCUUGUAUUUGAAGGGCUUCUCUUUUGUGCAUCUCUUAUUUAUUUAAUUUUUAUCCAAGGCAGCCGAAGUGCUUUGGGGACCUGGGGCACAACAGCAGAGCACACCGGCAGUUUUUUCUUAGAAGUCAUGUGUAAAUCUGCUGAGGGAACGGAGGGACACAGUCUGCCAGCUUGUGACAGUAGUGCCAACUUGAAGGAGCUGGCAAAACAAGGGCCUCGAUGUCUUGACCUUCUUGGCCUGGCUGGAGCUAGAAGGAGCAGUCUCUUAUUUCCAGACUCAAGACACGUGGCUCUGGCCAUGCUCCCCACUUCUGCCUUGUAGCAGCACUCCUUCCAGAUGACUGAGCCAAGAAAACUCAUGUCAUCUGUGAACUGGGCAUUUGCUGGAGCUCAGAUCUCCCCAGAAGAAAGUUUUGUGCACUGGUUGUCUAUGGCUUGUCUGCAUGAAGGCAGUCUUGUGCUUAGCACGGCUGGUUGCCACAGCGUGCCCCAGGUUGAGUCCUCAAUGGGCUUUUCACAGGGGCCUGUGUGCCGUCUUUCCCUGCUAGCCCUUUUAUUUGGCAAGAAGUCUGGCAGGCAGGGAGGUUUGGUGCAUUUUCAGGGGUCUCCAAAUUCCUGAGUGGAAGUGGUUCAGAGUGGCCAUGUGCAAUGGGAAGCACCCUGGCCUCAAGUGCAGAGAUGCUGCUGCCUGGGAUGCAGUGCCCGUGCCCCUUGGGUCAGGUUAAACAGAGCCCUAGCACGCUCCAGCUUUGGAAGCGUGAGGAUCUUACCAUGAGACAUGGUUAAAGUGUGAGCUCAAGGCACAUAAAACAGCAAGGAAUAAAUCUCCACUCAAUCAGUCCCAUCUUUGGUGCCCUCACAUGCCGCCAGGUCUGUGGUGCUAGCUUUUACAAGCUGGAGCAGGGAGUGAUGAUAUAAACAAGACAACAGUGCGGGAAUUCCACAGGACCUGCCACAGGAGAAGUCAACAAGCUUAUUUACAGGCCAUUGAGAAGCUGAGUUUGGAGUAAACAGUGUAGGGCAGGAUUAGUAUAGUCUAUAUAAUAAUAUCCCUAUGUCCCUAUAUAAGCCUGUAUUUCUUUGUUCCGAUAUAAAUGAAAUAUAGAAAACAUAAGCAAAUGGAGCUCCCAUAGGAGAAAAGAUGGAGAAAUUCGAGUCAGCAGAAGCAGAGCAGGAUGGCAGAGGUUUAUGCAGGCCUUGGUACUGCCUUGUUGAAGACAGUGAUUUGUGAGCUUGUGGGGGUGAAUAUUACAGUUUAAUUCAGUUGCUUCUUUGCAGACUUAAGGAAAAUUCCAAUGUGAUACUUUUGGUACAUGAUGUGAUAGGGUUUUCUUUGGUAAUAAUUGGAACAUGAUGCUGUGUUCAUUCAUAGUAGCAGCGACAUUUGUAUAAACUUCAGAUGGAUCAGAACUGGGCCCUUCAGUGAACAAAACCAUCUUUAAACUGCUGUGUAUUUUUCUCUGCUAAUGCUGCUUUGUUGUCGUUUGCAUUUUUUGUAGCUAGCAUAAAUUCUUCAGUUUGCCUUUUCUGUUUCCAGACAGCUCUCAGCUUCAGAUCCUCAGGUGCUUAAUGAAGGUUUGGUCUGUGCACCAAACGCUCUCCUGUAUAAACACUUACAGAAUUAAGUUUUAUUCUGCUGAAGGAGCUCUCUCUGAAGUCAAAUAACACCCUCCAACCAUUAAUAUCAAUAUAAUUAGUGAGAUUUCACUCUGUGCAACAUGCUACCCACUCUCCCCCUGCAUGGAAGAUUUGCUAUUAAAUAAUGCAAACCAUAUUUUUUUGAGCAUUAGAUCAAAUCUGUCAAUGAGUAUGCUUUAGCUGCACUUAAUGCCACUUCAGCAUCCCCUCUCCGCACAUAUUUGACCAAUUUCAUUUUACAACCAAAAAAAAAAAAAAAGAAAGAAUGAAGUUUGGCACUGUGGAAAUAUUUAUAUAUGUGGAAUUUUAGAAAUUCCACUGAGAAUAUUCAACUUAGUAGGAUUUGUGCAUUCGUCCAACCUUAGCAAUUGUCAAAGAGAAUCACUCUUGAAGUCCCUUGGGCCCUGAUUUGACCUAUCAGAAUAAGCAGCAUCAGAUUUUUUAGUUGGAAGGUAAGGGAACCGCUGCAGUUGGCAGAUAACAUCACGUAUUUAUCAAUAAUAAUGAUUAGUUUAUUCCCUAAGGCAUGAGGUAAUAUAGUCCUUGUCAUCAACACUGGUACUUUAUAUUUGGAUGUUUUGGUUCCCCGUGUAAAUGUGUAAUUCCUUGCUUCAUUUUACUAAACUCGUGGCUUUAAUGUAACGUGGCAGUGAGUUCCCUUGCCUAGGUUCAGUGUUCUGUUAAAGAAAUAUUUCUCUAGUAAAUUUGUAAUCACCACCUUUCAGCUUCAUUAACUGCUCAUUUUUUUCUUGCAUUAUAAAAAAAAAAAAAAAGAGAGAAAACAGUAGCUCUUUACCUCAAUUCUCUGUAUUAUUCACUAUUUUAUAGACUGUUAUCACACCUCUUCUUAUUUAUCUUCUCUUUGAUACAAACUGCCCCCCCUUUUCAUUCCUGCUUCAUGUAUGCAUUUUUCCACUCCUGUUAUCAUUCUUACCACCUUUCUAAAGAGGAAGCUGAAACAGUACAUCGUGACUUAUCCGGCCACUAGUCAAACCAUCUGGAAUUUCAGACUUCACCUUAGAGGGGGAAAAAUUGGGGGGAAAAAUCUAUCAAAUAAAUUGGAAAAACAAAUACAUUUAUUGAACUCACCAUCUGGUAGAGCACAUUCCACUGGCAGAACAACAACAAAAAAAAAAACGAAAAAAAAAAGCUAAAUUCAAGAAAUCAAUUAUUCAUUGUGAAUUAUUCACUAGCUUCUAUUCCAAACACUGCCAAGAUGUGUUUGUUUAUUUUUAUUUGGAGUUUAAAAAAAUCCAUGGCAACAUUGCUGUUUGUCUUACUGUUCAAGCACAAAGUGCAGACCUGCACUUCUAUACUGAAUACCUUUAUUUAAUCAAAGAAAAGCAACAGAACAAGAAAGAUAAAAAACAAAGUUCUCAGAACAUAAAAUAGCAUGUGUCUGUAAAGUGCCAUUUCACUGUGUCUUAUAAAAUGGUAGGUGUUCCAGGUGACCAGACUGUUUUAGAAAUACAAACAUGUAAACUGCAGGAAGGGAGAAACCAUACUUGUUAUAUCUGUAUUAUGAUAGCACUUGAUGCAGAGAUGGUUUGCACCAGAGCUAAAAGAAACACACAUUGCAAGCAGUUCUCCUGGGGCACCUCUUUGCUUGCACUUGGCUUUUAGUGGGAACUGAACCACAUGGAUUGAUUUUUUUACUGAAAGGACCUUAAUUAACUGGGGCAACUACAGGUGAGGUUUUAGUUGCAAUACCAAAAUGGGGAGGAGAGGAUGGGAAGAAGCGGGAGUUUGAACAGGUGAUGUGGGAAUACCAUGGAUAGGAGAGGGUUGGAAGCAUCCUCAGUGGAGCUGAUGGGAAGCUGCCACAUGCCUGGGCAGCAUCACUGCGGUGGUGGCUGCCACAGGCUCAAGCUCUUGCCUGUGUUGGUUUCUCUUUGUGGCUCCACUUGUGCCACAGGACUGUACUGGGGAUCUAAACAUGGUCCAAGGCAAUGGAAAUUUGUGAUCUGCACUCUGGUUUGCAAGUUUUUGUGGAGUAAGGCAGUUUGGGGAUCUGGGAGAGUUGGGAAGCUCUGAGUAGCUGGUGGUGAGAUCUGAGGAGUCAACAGAAGGGACAAGGCAAGAGCUGGUCAUCCACAGCCCAUGGCCCAGCUGCUCUGUUGGAAAGAACAGCAACGGAGGAGCUAUUCUCUCUUCCUCCUAGUAUUUCAGCCUGACUUAGUUACAUUUAACAACUAAUUAAGCCCCUAAUUGAAUAUCGGCUGAAGUGCAGUCAGAUAAGUUGUUUGUAUUAAGAAAUCAAAAGAAAUAAAAGUACACUGUGACUUAUACUUUGUAUUGAUUGUAGUCUCCUCCAGUAUAAGGUGCUAGGUGGUCUUAGAAUGAAAAGAUUUGGGGCAAGCGGAGCAUUUUUCCAUAUGUUUACACAGCGCCAUGCACACAGCCUGGCUCCUUUGGCUCCUGUUGCAUUUGCAGACCAACAGUAGCACUAAGGUGUGCAAACAUCCUUUCGCAGGUGCUAAUCUUGGCAUCCUGCUGCAGGAUUUAUGUUGCCUCACGUGAGAUGUUCAGUUCUGACUUCAUGGCGGUGUUGCAGCAGAAAGCCCUGAUGCCUUCACCCAAGAAUGAAAUUAUGUUAUUCACUGAGAUAUUUCCAGAAAUAGGAGAGGUACAAGCUCUCAUUUGGGCACAUGAUUUAUUCUACAAAAUUUUCCUCCUAUAUUUUCAUGUCUAAAAAAAAAAAAAAGCAGAACUCUACUUGCUUUCAGAUGCAAUUUUUAUGCCCCUUGAUCAGUGUCUGGCUGGUCAUCAAUUUUAUGCCUGCAAUUAAAUUGCAGAUACAAAAUGUUCCACCAUUAAGCCAUGGACGAAAACGCUGCUGUCCCAAAUUGCACCAGGAGAAGUAAGGAUUCUUAUUGCUAAAGCAAUACUCUUAUUUUGAAUGCUUCCUACCUUUAUAAAACUAUGGCCCAGAUUUCAGGAGCUAAGGUUAGAAUAUUCAGAAGUGUGGCAUUUCCCAUCUGCUCAUGUCCUCAGCUACCAGGGUGCUGUGCUGAACAGUUUACUCUGCUAGACAUCUCUACUGCUUCUUGUGGCACUAACGCAAAUGUAUAUUCAAAAAAAAAAGGAGAGACAGAGAGAAAGAGAUAUUGAAAUUGAAAACAUACAAGAUUAAAAACAAAACACCAAAAAGCCCAGGAUUAGGGACCUUUUUUUUUUUUUUUCCUCCUUAGGAAAACAACUUUUCUCUUUAAUCUUCUGAUUUGCCUGGCUUCAGUCCAAACGUUGUUCCUCUUUGACUCUGCCUGUUGUGGUUUCUUUGUUCUUCAUCCCUGUCCUCAUGUGCCUGUCCCCAUUGUCCUGCCACAGGUUUGCUUGGGCAAGGUUGUGGAGACGUGAUGAAUGUUGGCAGGGCAGUGAGGGGGUGGAGAUGGAGCCCUGGUGCACAAGUGCUGCUCUCUGAGCAGCGAUGGAUAUGGAGGAGGCAGGAUGAAUGCUCACCCAUCCUUUACAGGGGUUGAUGCUUCUCCCAGCAAGAAGUUGCCUCGAGCAUAGUCCAGAGGAAGGGGCUUUGUGACAUUAGGGAUGGUGGCAGGAGAUGGAGAUGUUAGUGCAGGUCAGAGGAGUUUGAGCAGAAAGUGAGAGUGGGGAGCGGCUGAGGGAAGAGAGCCAGAGGAGGUACCAAGUAUGUGUAUCCACAUGGUCCUGUGUCCUCAAGGAUGGAGGGUCAGAAGGGGCAUAACCUGGAUCAGUGCAGAAUAUGGGACUGCUCAGUUUUGGUUUGGGAAGGGGAGUGUGUAAAGGUUACUGACUUUGUGAGUCUGUAGGUAAUAGAUACUCAAGAUCCUUCCACACUUCAUAACCAGAAAUCAGAAUCAGGUUGUAUAAACUAGGGCACACAGAUGAUUUUGACACCCAAUAGCAAGGAGUUCAGAAGAUGCAUUUGCAAGGGAAGGUUCCCGUUUGUUGGGGAUUUUUUGGGAGAGGAGCUUAAAAUUAAUGCCAGCAAUGCACAAGGCUGCCAGUACUUUUCAGCAACAUUGUUCUCUAAGAUACAGGAGAGUUUUGUUGGCCUUUACAAAUGAUUUAUUCCAACAGUUAUUGUAUGUUCAACAAUAAAUUAAGUUAAAAUAGGCUAAUAACACAUAUUCACUGAUGCUUUAACAGCUUAGUAAUGGAUAGGAAUUUCCUCUCCGACCUCACUCUCCUCCUCAAGUAAACAGAGGGUGGUAUGUAAGCCAGGUAGAGAUGGGAUCCUCAAACAGAAAGGAUAGGUAAGCUGGGAGAGUGAGCAGUCUGAAGUAAAUGCCUCUCUAAUUGUUGACAUGUGAAGAUGGAGGACUGAGAAGAUCACUGGAGGCUUCUGUGUUAGCAGCAAUACAAAGUUUUUUCCCAGCAAAUAACGUGUACAACGAGAAAUUGUACUUUCAGCACUUUGAAUCUGUCUGGAAAACUUAAACCCAUAGCCCAGAAGUUGUGGUGUUUCAUAGGUCUCAUGGCUCUCUCUGCAUGUCCAAGACACCCCUUCCUCACCAUGCUACCAUGCCUCAGGCAGAGCUGUCCUCAUUAUUUAGUGCAAGGCUGCAUCAGGGCUCUGUUACCUGGAGAUUUUUGUGCUGCUUGCUCAGCUUGGAGGGUGCGAGGGACACCAAGAGGUUAUGUUGUCCAUCUCUGCGCCCCAAGUCAGAGGCAGCUAAACUGAUGUUACUCUAAACAACCCCAUCUCCUCCUCUGUCUGGAUAACUAAGAGGAUGCAAACAGCAUCUAUCUUGUAAUUUCACUUUAUUAAGGCUUUUGACCCUCUCAUGGCAUCUCCAUAAGCACACUGGAGAAUACUAAAGGGUGGUUGCGACAUCCAUUGUGCUCAGACGGGAGUUAGUGACGGUUCUCUGUCAAAGUGUAAGAUUUGUGGAGUGGCAGGGGUCAGCCUUACGUCAGUCAUUGCUCAGUAUUUUCUUUCAUGAGCAGGAUGACAGGAUAGCGAAGAAGCUUUUAUUUUUAAUGUUUGUGGGACUGCAAGCAUGCUUGUGGACAGGGCUAGUACAAAAUGCAUGAAAUGCCUGAAAAAGUUGUGCCUGAAAUUCAGGAAGAAUGUGUGCAAGGGACUGAACUUUGUCAGGGAUAAUGCAGUGUGUAUAUAUGGGACAGGGAAUGGCAGGUUGGCAACCAAUCAUGUGGAAGAACAUGUUGGACUCACUGUGUAAUGUGAACUCAGAAAGUGCUAAGCUGGAGCAGAGGUAUAGUUAUUUGAUUAUUCUCAUCCUUUCCCUUCCCCCUACAGCAGCCAGGACGUUGGAUAACACCUCCUGGCCUCUCUCCCUAGGAUCCUUGGAGUCUGGACCUCAGUCUCUGCUAUAGCCAGACAAUCAUUGGGCAUAGACAGCGGACAGUGAGUUACAGAAGGUUGGCUAUAGUGAUUCCAGGCUCCAUCUGGAACUCCCAGUUCUUCUCCUGCCCAGUUUCGUGUCAACUCAGGAGGUCGGGAACCCUCGUGCCACUAGUGCACCUGCUGUAUCAGGAAAAGUGGGGGCUAAACAGGUGGAAGAAUCAGGCAAAAGACAGCAGAUCAAACCAACACACUGUAAAAUCAACCCGCUGAAGCACAGUGACACUGCAGGGGCUGUUUCUCCAUCAGCAAUGGAUGAGAGGGAGCAUCCCCAGCACUGUGGCUGCUCCAUCCACUGGGCCAAGUCCUGCCAAGGCAGCACAGACAAAAGCCAGUUCCUAGCACCGAGGGGCUGAAAGCCAUCCUCCUGUCACCACCUCCUUCCCUCUCCUGCUACCUUCACUCCCUCACUUGCUGCAUCCUAUUUUCUUGUACACAACAUGGUAUCUGUUUUCUUAAAAGGCUUUAGGGGUUCAUUGUUAGACCUGGAAGGGUAAUUCGCAAUGAUUCACUCGUACUCUGUAGUUUUGCAUUGUCUAUUACAGACGCCUGUGAGCCAAGGGCAGUUGCCUUGACUUUACUCAAGAAAUGAUUGUUUGCUUACUUCUAUAGCUCUUUUUGUGUUUGUGCUUUCCUCUUUUUCCUUCUCUUUUUACAUUUUUUGUUCUUUUUUUUUUUUAAACAAAUCAGUUGAGCGGCAAGGAUCAGAGGUUUGCUAUUGGAUCUGCUUUAGCUGUGAUAGAUCACACUUUCUUGCCUUGUUUACCUGAUUCACUGAGGCCAUCUCCUCUAGCCAGAGGGAGUUACGAAGAAACCAGUGGCCUUCACUCUCUCUGGAAGAGAGAAUCAAUUUAUGGAAAGGGAACAGAUAAGAACUAGACCACUUGGAACAUGUUUAAAGCUUUUUCCCCUCCGACCUUGUCCUGAAGCAUUACUCAUAGGAAAUGCUGGCAGUUGUACAGCUUUUUGGCUGGGUGGGAGUUUAAAGGUAAUCUGUGCAUGUGUAAUUGCAUACAGUAAUUGUGUGUGCAUGAACAUUUUACCCAGAGUUAGGCAUCUGCAACUGGCAUCUUUGAUUGCUUUGGAGGCAGAAUUGCAGCAAGAGAUGUUAGGAACUCCUCCUUUUUUCCUGUGACAAGCAGCGUCUGGUCCAAUAUAAAGUACAACUUCCGAUGCAAAUACAUGGAUGUGUUUGAGCUUCUUCUUUGCUCUCUGCCAUUACCGGUGUGUGGGUUGGCAAGAUGGAAGUGGCUUCCUGCCAGCGUUUAAUGGGAGAAGCUCCCAGUUGCUGAACGUGUGUGCAGAAAGCAAAUGCAAAAGAGAAGGGGUUUUGAUGGUCAGAGCAACCAUCUUUUAACUGGGGAAAAUUCUCAUGUAAUACAGAUUCUAUAACUUUCCAAACUCUGGUUAUGACACAUUUUAAAAUCCAUACUGCUGUGAAGUAGAAAUUACAGCCAAUUAAACAAGACUACCAAACAGAGUCUGUCCCCAAAUUUUCCCUUUUUGUAUUUGUUGAACUGCACAAUUAUUUUAAAUUGAGUGUUGCAUAUUCAUAAACCACGUUUCAAACCACCCAGUCUUCUGGUUUAUGUAUCUAGUUGGAAUAUUAGCAUAUAUUUCAGUAGCUCAUUUCAUUUCAUUGAUCCCAAAGUUCCUUACAGAAGAUGUCUGUGAUAUUCGUACCAGUACCAAAGUGCAGUCUCCUCUAUGCUGGAAUAAAACAGGUGUUUAACAGGGUGAGAGUUUCCUCCCACCACAUCAGCUAAACCAACAUAGGGCUGUCGCUGCUUUCAACAGGAAUGGCUCCAUGGGCUGCUGUACAAAUAUAACGUACAGCAGCAGGAUUAUAGUACAACCACAAUGCUAGCAAAUUUCUUUGCUUAGAUCAGUAUUAAAUCCCGUCUUUGAGAGUGACCUUAGAGCCUAAGGGUUAGUCCAGGUGGGUAGAUUGUGCAGGUGUAAUGAGAGAUGUGGAUUUUAGCAGCAGUAGUUGCAGUGGCAGAUUGGGGUCACACUCUCUCUCUUAGGAAAACCACUCCAGAAGGAGCUCAAGUGAACGAGGCCAUUCUUGAGAGAGGAUGAGCUAUACAGGGACUUUAACAGGUGCAGGUGUAUUUUCUCAAAAUCACACCUUACAUGUGAAUGGUAAAACUUUCCCAUGCAGGCAAACCCAAAGACCCAGUCAGUGAAAUGAAGGUUAUAAAAUGCCCGUCACUUUUUAAAACCUACCACAGGGGUCGGUAGCUCUUGGAAGGGACACUUCAGAGCUGCACCCAGCACAUCCCUCUCUGGUACCUCCUAGGACUCUGUGGCGGCACCAAUGCGUUUCUCAGUCACUAACACUGUUAUUUGCAGUUUCUCCCAUCCAAACAGUGACAGUUCGUUUCUCAGCUCUGCUUAGCUUGUCAGAUCUGUUGAGGGGUGGUAUGGCUGUUCAGGCACAGUUACUGAAAAAAAGGGAAAGAGAAAGCUCUUUAAUUUCUAUCAUCUUUCAUUCUGAUGACAUUUAUCAAAUUUCCUGUGUCUGACAAGUUCAGCUCAGUUGUGCUCCUCUGCCUUCCCACAAGUGCCCCCUCUGAUGGGCAGGGAGGAUGAGCCAACAGGCAGUCACGCUUGGAGAAAAGGAGGAGUUGGACAAGGGAGGAAGAGGAAGGAGAACAGAAAGAUGCACUAAAAAUUACAAAAAAAAAAAAAGACCGAAAAAAGAAAAAACCCAAACCAACCACCCAAAGCCUACAAAAAGUGGAAAGUGAGAGAGGAAGAGAAAGAGACAGAAAAAGAAACUAGUUGAGAUUGUAUGAAAGGCUUUUUAUGCCCCCACGCUGCAGUCUGCAGUCUUUAAAAUAUCUUGGAAAAAAAAAAAAAGAAGUGGUGUCUUUACUGUAGUGUCUGUCAAUGUCCUUGUCACACAGUUAAUUCUGUAUUGUACAGUCCUUAGACUUCUUCAUUUCCUGUUAUAUUAUUUUCCCUCAAUCACUGUCUUUUCUGUGUGCCUUGAGGAGGUGUUUGUUUUUUUUUUUAAUCCCUUCCUCCCCCAGUCCUGGGUCUAGAAGGGCUGCAAAUGGUUUCUUCCAUUUCUGAGGUAGAGGGACAUCCCCAGUACAUCAUGCCCACUCACCCUCUCUUUCUUAGGCUAGAUCAGAGGAUGACCCAGGGGAAAAAAGGCAAUGAGGGACCUGAUCUGAAUUGAUCUUUUUGCCUUCUUACAGUCUGAGAUGGUGGUGCUGGGAGAACUGAAAGUGGUCUCUGACUCCCGCAGAGGGGGAUGUUGAUUAACUGCCUGCCCUAAGGGGGGUCAUUUGGGGAAGGCCAUUCAGUAGGGAAAGAGGUGAUACCUACAGCAUGGGCACAUCAGUGACCUCUUGGCUAUUUUGAAAUAUUUUUUUUCCCAGGCCUGUGACACUCAAUAGCUUGGUAUAUACCAGCAGCAGUAGUGUGUGGUACAGGGUGCUGGCACCAUCAUGCCAGGGGCUCCAUCUGGGAGCCAUCUCUUUUUUAAAAAACAUUGCAACUCAAGCAGGCUCAGCUCCGCCAUUGGUCCUGGGCACGUGGGCUUUCACCAGCUGGUAGAGGCAAUGGCUGAUAUCUGUCACGUUGUUUCUGAGAGAGGAACAGAUCACAGCUGCCCCCAUCCUGAGCUCCAGUCUCCACAGAGCGUGCAAGCAAAGUCUCAUGCUAAGAUGAAGCCAUGUAUGCUGCGAAGUUUAGGCUGUGCUGGCCACAUAAUUGUGUACAAAAGAAGUGACUGAAAAAUCUGCGGUAAUGAGCAUGACCUGACUGAACAGAGCUGUGCUUGCUAAUGACAUUGAUGAGUUUUGCUUGUGGAUAGCAAUGAGCCACAUAUUUUAACUCCCAGGAGUACAAAUGGUCCUUCAGAUGCUGUUUGGUUUCUCUUUCUGCUAGGCUGGCUGCUGUACAUGCUUUUUUCCCUGUCAUACAUUUAGCUUCUCAGUGUGUCAGAAGGAAAGCUCCAAGGGGAUGCUGCAUGCUGGAUUGGUAGCAUCUGCCACCUUCUCAAAAGGAUGUGUUACAUAGUCUUGAUGGUUUUCAGGCAUAGGUCUGGGCUCUCUGUGGCUAAAGGAAUGUCAUGGUGGUGAUAGCACCCCUUAAAGUUCAGAUGUUGGUUGAAGCACUGCCAAGUAUCAGGGAGUUUUCAGUAUUUAUCAAGGCAUUUUUUGGGUCUGAAAAUCAGCAGAGAACACACUUUCCUUGGAGAUUUCCAGUAGCUCUUGUAUUAGUCAUAAAAACAACUUAUCUAUGUGGCUUAAAACUGUAGAGAUGUUUGAGAAUUAGUGGAUGGAAAUCAUGAAAGGCAGAAGCAAGUAGAUUCAUUAUUGGCUUCAUGUUUGGAGCAUGAAGCUUCACGAGUGGUUGGUUCUUCCUUCACCGGCAUCACCCUAGCAAUUUGGAAAUGUCUCAAAGGCUACAGAUACAUCUUCUUUGACUCUUACUAUCAGACAUGGAUGGGAAGAGUUGUGGCAAUGGUUCGGCUGACACGGAGAGUGAACUGGAUAACUCAACCCAGGUAUCUGUUUCAGGCUAGACAUGACAUAAAUGGAAAAAGCCAAAGAUACAGUCAUCCCUCGAGUCCCUGUGCUUACAGAUAUCUGCUCAAACAUGCAAAAUUUCUUUCUUGAUAGCAUUUCUGUUGAAUGUUAGUGUCCAUCUGCAAGGAGAUUACAUAUUCAGCAUCUGUCUACCCAUCCAUCAGCAUUAGGUUUCUUAAGGCACCCGUCAAUGUGGAGUUUCAGCAUCUGUCUUACUUGCCACCUGCUCUCUGCAUUCUGCAUCUUUCUCAGCAGAAAAUUCCCUUUCUAGUGUGGGCACUUGCUGUUUUCUCUUUCAGUUUGAGUAGAAACUUACUAGUUCUCUUGCAUGGAUAUUUUUUCUUCCUUCCCUCUGUAGCUUUUCUUGAAUGUAAAAUAAAAGGCAGGUUGAGACAGUUAGCCUUGCUGCUGGAAAAUACAAGCCUGCGUUGCAGUUCAUCAUCAUUUCCAUAGGACAGCCCACUUCUGCAAAUACUCAGGAUACUGGCAGCAUGUCAGAAUCCUGACUUGCAGAGCUUCCCAGUUUGAACAUUGUACUUGCCAUUAAGAAACAUGUUGGUGUUUUCAUUAUUCAAAAAUAUUAAAAGAGCCAUCCCAGUAUGUGGAGAAGUGGCUGACCUGGACACCAAAGCACAUGUAUAGAUGAACAUCUUGACCUUUUAUUUGCCAAGCCAGUAGCCAUGCAGUCAGGUAGAAAACUUCAUUGCUGAAUCUAACCAGGACUUGUUACCUGCAGAGACUGAAUUGCUCUAUGUGGAAGCUCAGGGCCAUUAGCUGUGGACAAUUGGAGUGGAGUAUAAUGACAAGUCCUCACGGCCAAAGUGCUCAGCUGCUCCAUUCUUGCAGAUGUUGGACACUCUGCAAGACCUGACCUUCACUCUUAACUUGAGCUUCACUCCUGGCAUGUGGAUAAUCAAGAGGCUGGACUAACUGGGAUAGAAAAUUGUGGUAAACACUGUACAGGGAGUUUCAAAUCUCUGCUGAUGAAGGCUGCAGGUUCUGUAAACAGCAUAAGCCAAAUAGUUUUGACUCUUUUUCUUCUUGUCAUUAAAAAGAAGAAAAGUAGAAUCUGAAUGCAGUGUAUCCUCUGUCCCUAACUGAAGCACUAGCUUAUUGUGUCUUGUAAUAACACUUAGAAGCUCUGAUGUCAUUAUUAGCAAUGUACAAAGAUAUAUCAAAGAAUUAAUCUCAUCCUCAGAAAGCUUGUGAUCUAAGGUCCAGAUCCUGCAAAGCCCUAAGAAUAUGUUUAGCAGUAUGUUGCAAUUAUUACUGAUAAUAAUUGCAUUAUGGAACAUACAGUUCCCAAAUAUCAGUCAGGAACCCAGGCUACUGGGCCCACUAAUGAUACAAAAUAUAGACAGUCCCAGAACCAGUAAGUUUACAGUCAAAAUGUUGAGCAUUGACCCUCUGUGGGAUUUCUCACAGUGCAUACAAAUUUAGUGCCUGUGUAAGGCUUUGCAGACACUAUACAUAAAAUAGAGGAAAAGAUAAGAAAUAGAUACAACAAAGAUAUAGGUGGAAGCAUAAGGUAACAAUGUAAUGUAAUAUUAAGAAUAUAAAUCUAAGAUAGAAUUGAGAAUAUUCCAAGAGCUUGGUUUUUUUCUGCACCAUUAACUUGAUCUCAUUGCACAGCAGAAUAUAUAUAGAUUCUCUGUUCUUAUUUUACCUGUGAAAUGUACAAUUUCAUAUAUAAUGUGUGAUAAAUAGGAUGUACAAUGGGCUAGAAUCAAUGGUGCAGGAGAAACUUUAACAUAUGGAAUGGCUUGGCUUCUAAGUGCUUGAUUUCUCAGUCUUAAUGUUUUAGCAAUGCUGAAUUUUUUGUACUGUAGGUAUAUUUGUAUGCAUGUGCCCUUCCGGAGAACUGGGUGAAGCAGAAGCCAAAUUCAGCCAUGUAGUAGUGGCAUGUCUUUAACAAGAAAGACCUAAUGAGCUCGUUGCAAAGCCCAUCUGUUUGACAGGAUAUUUUUUGAGUGCUAGUGCAGCUGGUGUGGAAUUCUCUCUAAUGGGAAUAGGUGGGUAAGUGGAUAAUUUUUACAUGGGAGAGCUGUAUCUGUGGGGGAAGAGAAAGUGCUCUUGCGUUAGUUUUGGUUAUCUUUUUGUUGUCUUGUUUGUUAAUAGCUGGACUUCCUUGAAGCUCUUUUCCUAUUUCAAAAUUGAGAUAAAUAAAGAAAAAUGCCCUUUUUUCCCCCCAUAACCUUAGGGAUAAACCAGACUGACUCUGUAGAAUGACAGAGAUUUUCUCCUAUGGAGUGGGGAGUACUGGGGUUUAGAACGUGUUGUUUUAGACAGAUAUCUAUUUGGACAGAGUGAAAAACCUGAAGAUGAUAAAUGGCCUGUAUUUGCACAUUUCCCAACUGAAAUACUAGCAUUACUGGAGGCCCAUUUCCCAAAUCUGAUCUGAAAGACAUGCUUCAUACUUAUGUGUCUUCCUACUGCUUUUAUACCAUCAUAAAGACUUUAGUAUCCCAUCAAGAUAUAUUAACAUUUUUCCUUGAGCUGGGAUGGUCUGAACGUGGUUUAUUUUCCAAAACUCAUCAUGCCUUCUCUUGGUAACAAAGAAGUUCCAUAUAUCCUCACUUUCAGUGCUCUUAGAAGCUCAGGGCGUGAAGGAGGCUUGAUGUGACAGAUGAAUAGGUAAGGACUCAGAUGAAGUCUAUGAAAAUACAGCAACGGGCUCUCAGUAAAAAGGCAUUUUUACCACUAGUGCCCUUUCCCAGUGUGAUGACCACAGCUCAGUUUUUGUUGUCUCCUUCCUUAAGGAAGGAAAGACAGAGUGACAAGAAUAUAAAAGGGCAGAAGGUAACAGAUGAUACAUGGAAGCAUUAUGUAUGAACAUAAACAUAAAUAUGUGAUGGAAAACAUCCCAUAGCCCCAGCCAAUUUUUCCCCUCCUUCCUUCUUUCGCUUUCAAAUCAGAUAAAUUAAUAUUUUAUUUUCAUGCAGCUGUAGGGGAGACAUGUAUUAUUGAAGGGAUAGUGUUUUCCCAGAGUCCCUCUCCGUUCCCUGGCUUUCUGUGCCAGAAAAAAAAGCAAGUUUAGAAAGAAAAUUAAACAAUGACUUUUAGGGUUGGAGUCAUGGUAGUGCCAAGAGUUCCAUCCAAACAUUUGAGGAAGGACUCUCUGCAAUAAAUUUAUGCCUUGAGUCCUCCUUGUCUUUACUGGGACACUCAGUAAGGCUUCCAUGAGACAAGUACAUCAAGUUUGGUGUUUAGAAAGUUGUACAGAUGUCCAAGGUCUGAAUAUGAUCAGAAGGAUGCCAUCUUGCUCACAGCCCUGCCUGCAGUUCUAGGUGCUGUAUCUCUGUAUGUUUCAAGUUCCCUGUCAAAAAGCAAUGCUUCUCUGCUUGUGUAGCAUGCUGUAAAAUUCAUGUGUGAAAAGCUCUAAGGAAAUAAAUGUAUUGUAGCAUGACAGUCUCGGGCAUAGCAAAAUUUGCUGCUCUUUUGUUUUCUGGAACAGACCUGAGUGUUUCUCAUCCAGGGAAUCAGGAAGAUUUCAGAUGCACCAAAUUCAAAUUAAUUCAGGAGAGAUAUUCCUGGUUUCAGUGUCACAGAGAGGACAGGGUGAUACUAGAAGUUUUGGAUCCACACUUGGAUUCCCUAAACAGGACACCUUGCAUGAAAUCUGGUCAGAAUCCCCAAAUACAGGGUACUGAUUGGUCCUGUUAAAAACAGUACUCUGAACCACUCCUUAACCAGUCGAAGCACAAAGGUGCUGAUGAGUCAGUCUGUAAUUUCACGUUCAAAAUGGCAUCUGAAAACAGAUGAGUUUUAAUUGAGAAAAUACGUGGCCCCUCCAGACUAGGUAUAAGAGGGUAUGAGCAGCCCCGUUUUUCUGUUGUUUCUUUGUGAAUAUCUGAGUAUGAUACAGCAGAGAUUUAAUGCUUUGGCCCAGAGAUAACACAUGAGUUUUGUCGUGUUUGUUUCUGGCAUUUCAGAUGCCAAUGUGGAUUUUUCUGGAGGGUCUCCUGGCUACUGCAAAUGUCUUUUAGAAAAAAGGUGGGGAAAAUAAACGGAGCCUACAGGCUGAUCUAAAAGAUAUUCCUUUCUGGCUUUUGCUGAUAGCAUGAAGGGGAUGUAUUUGAGAGUGAGGGCACUGGAUGCAGCAUGGCCAUCUGCCUGACCCUCCCAGGAGCUCAGUGAGAAGCUUUAAUGUCUCCUGAUGUGCUGCGAGGCAUUUACGAAGUUUUGUGCAAAAAUAUUACUUUCAAUGUAGCAAAGGUGUUGGCACUGUCUAGAAACACGGAACAUCGCUGUCCAUGAAAAUCACACAAGAAAAGGUGCCCUGUGUUGUCUUAAGCCCUACCUAACCUCUCCCUUCUUCCCCCAGGGCUGCCCCACAACCCCAUCACUCCUCUGCUUGCUUCAUAUCUGAGAAGGCUCACACAGCUGUAGGAGAGCUUUGUACCCUCCUCUGCCUCCUCCCUCUUCCCAGACACACACAGAAAGAAAAUUCAAUUAAGCAAGUGAUUUGCUGUUGUGUUUAAGUUACAAUAGUAGUAAUCACACCAAUUACAGAAAUCAGGUUGGCAAUCAUGGACCCUGCCCUCUGGGUUGCUAUUAACUUCAUUUCAGUGUGUGAUUUCCCUCCGCCCUGUUGAAAUUGGUGAAUGUCACCUGUGUAUACCCUUGCUCCUCCAGGAUGUAAUAGCAUCUUUAAAACCUAACAACCAAUUGCUGCCUGCACACAUGUAGUCAGAUUUAUCCCUACCUCUUCUCUAUUACAAUAACGAGUGGGUAGUAGAUGUAGUCAAAUGCUGUUGCAGUAUUCUCCCUCUGCCAUCCCUCUCCUUCCUCAGCAAGAAAUAGUUUGAAUCUUUAGCAGCAGUUUGAAUUUCUUAGUGAAAAUAUUUCCCAGGCCCACGGGGAAAAUAGUUACACAACUGCCUAGGAUCUUUUUGCUUCCAUUUUACUUUUUCUUUUUUUUUUUUUUCCUUUCUCAGUCCUAUCUUCCUUUCUACUUGGGUGGAUCUUCUCUCAUUAUUAGAUCUGUACAACAAGGAACACCAUUAAAUAUGAUGACAGAUGUCUUCCUCUGUUCCUCCUCUCUCAUCUGCAAUAUUAUCAAUGGAAAUGCCUUCACAGCCGAAACAUCACUUUGUUGCAGCAAAACUUUACCUGUGAUUUUUUUUUUCCCUUCUUUUGCUCUUGUGAGUGUAAGCAGAUUUCUUCUUUGGUUCCUCUUAUUACCUCCUCCUCCAGUUCUAAAGGCAAAGCAAUGCAAGAUUUGACAAGAACUUUUGGAGAAAGAAACUGUUGGUUAGGCUCAAGAAGGGCAUAACACCUCUUUCUGCCAUUAAAUGCUGAGACACUAUUUCAAAUGUGGCCCCUAGCUUUGGGAUGCAGUGGCUCUUCCAAAUAUCCAGAUACACUCCAAAACUAGAAACACUCAAAUCACUGUCUCCUUUCAGUAGAAUUGGUCAUUGCUUAUUGUACAGAUGUAUGAAUUCAGGGUGAAAUUAGGUUGUGACAUGUGGAGGGAAUGAGAUGAGGUGAUGAAUGAGAUUAAUCUCACACUAUUUUUAAAAGGUUUUGAGAUCUUUGAAUAGAAGUGCCAGUGAAAGAGGAAACAGAAUUAUGGUUGCUCCUAUUGAUACUGGUCUCUCAUUUCUGCUUUGCUGUCUCCCAGGGCUGGGAGAUCUGCUUACAUCUCAGGUCCAAACUGAACUCCAGCAUUAAGGGAUUAGGGAGCUCCACUGAAACACAGAAUAGUUCUGUUUCAAUGGGACCUUGAAAGAUCAUCCCAUUCCAACCACCCUGCCGUGGAGAGGGACAUAUUCCACUAGAUCAGGUUGCUUAAAACCACAUCCAGCCUGACCUUCAACACUUCCAGAGAGGGGGCAUCCAUAACUUCUCUGGGCAACCUGUCUCACCACUACCAUAGUAAAGGAUUUAUUUCACAUGUCCUGUCUAAAUCUAUCCUCAUUUAGUUUAAAACUGUUGCCCUGUUACUACAGGCCUUGGUAAAAAGUCCCUCUUCAUCUUUCCUAUGAGCCUCCUUUAUAUAUUGAAAAGCCACAGUAAGGUCUUGCUGGAGUAUUGUCUUCUGCAAGCUGAACAACCCCAGCUCUCUCAGCCUUUCUUCAAGGCAGAUGUUUUCUAGAUCACUGAUCAUUUUUGUGGCAUCCUCUGGACACGCUCUAACAGGUCCAUGUCUUUCCUGUGCUGGGGACCCAGAGAUGGAUGCAGUACUCCAGGUGGGGUCUCAUGAGAACAGACUAGAGAGGGCAAAUCACCUCCCUCGGCCUACUGGUCACACUCCUUUUGAUGCAGCCCAGGAUACAAUUGGUUUUCUGGGCUGCAAGCGCACACUGCUGACUCAUAUCUCAUUUUUCAUCCACCAGUAUCCCCAAGUCCUUCUCCAUGGGGCUGUCACAAAUCAAUUCCUUCCCCAAUCUCUAUUCAUAUUGGGUAUUUCUCCAACCCAGCUGUAGGAUCUUGCACUUGCUCUUGUUGAACUCUAUGAGGUUCACACAGGCCCACUCCUCAAGCCCGUCAAGUUGCUUCUGGAUGACAUCCCUCAUCUUGCUGUUGUCUACAAAUUUGCUGAAGGUGCACUCGAUCUCACUAUGUCAUUGCUGAAGAUAUUGAACAGUACCAGUCCCAGUAUGGACCCUUGAGGGGCACCACUUGUUACUCAUUUCCAUUAUGGACAUUGAGCUGACACUCUUUGGAUGCAGCCAUCCAGACAAUUCCUUAUCCAUUUGAUACUCCAUUGAUCAGACCCAUAUCUCUCCAGUUUAUCAACAAGGAUAUUGGGUGGCACCAUGUCUAAUGCAUUACUUCACCCACCUUUUCUGCUGCACAGCUGCUCCUCAUGCCUCCUUCUGUUGUACUCCUGCCUUUCCCACAGUCACUGUGUCUGAGUCAGGCAUUGUUCAAUCAUUCAUAGCAUUUGCUACAGUCCAGAAAAGGGCCAUUAGGAGGAUGUUAAUUUAGAUGCUUGUUCAAAAGUCACAUUAGCCUCUCACAUCCCUGUCUUUUUGGGAUCACUGUUUUUCCUGUGGUUGGUCUGCUGUAUUAUCUACACUUUCCACAAGAGAGGUGGCGAGCCAUCUGGAUUUGGUGUGCAGCCAAAGCUGGUCAGAUUGUCCACAGAAUUAAGAUAGAGCAGCCACGUACUGGGAAUAUCAAGCCCUUUAACAGGUAUGAGAGCAGCUCUGGAGUGUCUUUUUCCCAACAUACUGUGCGUGGUAAAUUGGGCAGCACUGAAGCAUUUAAGGGAUUCUCUUUGUUAUGUCUGUCAUCUACUGCCUGUCCCAGGCUACAGCUCUCUAAACAAGUUCAUUACAAAUUUUUGAUGUGCUUGGCUCAGUGUGUCCUCACAGCAAAGUCAGGACUUGACCAGUCACCAGAGUAACUUUGGGCUUUGAUGUGGUGCUGAGGUGAUGCAUGUCAUGCUGUAACCAGGCUGCCCUGAACUGCUGUUCUGGUAAGGCUCUGCCUCUUACCUAGCAUGGCUGUCAGAGAGGCUUAGUCACACAUCUUGUCAAGUAGUGGAGGAUCCUGUUUAACCAAAGGAGUAUCUUGAGAAGCGACCAGUGCAGAAAUAGUAAAUCACAGACUAGAAGCUCAAGCAAAUUAAAUUACUGUUCCCAUGUUCUCCUUUCCCUUGGUAAGGUGCAAUUCUCCCUUAGUUUAUUGUUAUUAGCCCAUACUAAGACAGAGCACCUUUGGAUGCCCCAGGGUGUGCUGGCAGUGGCAGAGGAGAACAGCCACCAGAACACAGAUUCAUCCCUGGGCUGGUACCACCCUCCUGCAGCUGGUGGUGAGGUGGCUGCUUUCCAUGGGUGCCUUAGCUUGUUGUCCUGUGCUGUGGCACGGACUGUGGCAUUACCUC